CGAGUACUAGUUAACUGUCGUUCGCGAGGAAGAAAUUAUCUAUAGAGUAAGUAUGCUAAUAUUGAAUAAGACAGCAGGAGUUUUUUCUAAACCACCAAAAAGGAAAGUUUAUGAAUUUUUAAGAAGUUUUAAUAUUUAUCCUGGAACACUAUUUCUUCAUAAACUAGUAUUGGGAAUUGAAACCAGUUGCGAUGAUACAGCAGCUGCUGUGGUGGAUGAAACCGGAAAUGUAUUGGGAGAAGCCAUGCAUUCCCAAACUGAAGUUCAUUUAAAAACAGGUGGGAUUAUUCCUCCAGUCGCUCAACAGCUUCACAGAGAAAAUAUUCAACGAAUAGUGCAAGAAGCUCUUUCUGUCAGUAGAAUCUCUCCAAGUGAACUCUCAGCAAUUGCAACUACCAUAAAACCAGGACUUGCUUUAAGCCUAGGAGUAGGCUUAACAUUUAGCUUACAGCUGGUAGACCAGUUAAAAAAGCCAUUCAUACCCAUACAUCAUAUGGAGGCUCAUGCACUUACUAUUAGGUUGACCAAUAACGUAGAAUUUCCUUUUUUAGUUCUUUUGAUUUCUGGAGGUCACUGUCUAUUGGCAUUAGUUCGAGGAGUUUCAGAUUUUCUGCUUCUUGGAAAGUCUUUGGACAUAGCACCAGGUGACAUGCUUGACAAGGUAGCAAGAAGACUUUCUUUAAUAAGACAUCCAGAAUGCUCUACCAUGAGUGGUGGGAAAGCUAUAGAACAUUUGGCCAAGCAAGGAAAUAGAUUUCAUUUUGAUAUCAAACCUCCCAUGCAACGUGCUAAAAAUUGUGAUUUUUCUUUUUCUGGACUUCAGCAUGCUAUUGAUAAAACAAUAAUGCAAAAGGAAAAAGAAGAAGGUAUUGAGAAAGGGCAAAUCCUAUGUUCAGCUGCAGACAUUGCUGCUGCAGUACAGCACACAACAGCAUGCCACCUUGCAAAAAGAACGCAUCGAGCUAUUCUGUUUUGCAAGCAGAGAAACUUGUUACCUCAAAGUAAUGCAGUACUGGUUGUAUCUGGAGGUGUUGCAAGUAACUUAUAUAUCCGCAAAGCUCUGGAAAUUGUAACAAACGCAACACAGUGCACUUUGUUGUGUCCUCCUCCCAGACUGUGCACUGAUAAUGGCAUUAUGAUUGCAUGGAAUGGUAUUGAAAGAUUACGUGCUGGCUUGGGCAUUUUACACAACGUAGAAGGCAUCCGCUAUGAACCAAAAUGUCCUCUUGGAGUAGAUAUAUCAAAAGAAGUUGGAGAAGCUGCCAUAAAAGUACCACGAUUAAAAAUGAAGAUAUGAUUUUUGCU